CUGACCUUGUGGUUUUUGCGUUGUUCUAAGUUUUGCGCUACACCCUUUGAACUUUGUUCACUCUGUGAUAAAUUGCAAAGCUUUCGAAGAGCUUAUUGAAACUUCAAUUCAUACCCUCAAACGGUAUGGGUAAAGAUAGACGCGUUGUAUACUUUUAUGAUCCGGAUUGUGGGAACUUUCAUUAUGGUUAGCUUUGAGUUCUCCUGUGUGUAACAAUAUUUUGUUUUUGUCUCUAGGACAAAAUCAUCCAAUGAAACCGCAUCGACUUACUCUUGCGCAUACACUUAUAGUGAAUUAUAAUCUUACAGAUAGUAUGAAAGUAUAUAAACCAUACCGUGCUAGUAUGAAAGAUAUGAUAUCAUUUCAUUCACAAGAAUACGUAGAAUUUUUACGUGAUGUUACGCCGACGAAUGUUCAUACAUUUCCUAAAGAGAAAUUACUAACUUAUAAUAUAGGUGAAGAUUGUCCAAUUUUCGAUGGAAUUUAUCGAUUUUGUUCAAUUUAUACCGGAGCGUCACUACAAGGUGCUAAGUAUUUGAAUAAUGGAGUAACAGAUAUCGCAGUCAAUUGGUCAGGUGGACUUCAUCAUGCUAAAAAGUUCGAGGCAUCAGGAUUUUGUUAUGUUAAUGAUAUUGUCAUAGCAAUAUUAGAAUUAUUAAAGUAUAAUCCACGUGUAUUAUACAUUGAUAUUGAUGUUCAUCAUGGUGAUGGUGUACAAGAGGCUUUCUAUUUAACUGAUCGUGUAAUGACAGUUUCAUUUCAUCGUUAUGGAAAUAUGUUUUUCCCUGGAACAGGUGACAUGUAUGAAGUUGGUGCAAAAGCUGGGAAAUACUAUUCAGUGAAUAUACCUUUAAAAGAAGGUAUCGAUGACGACAUGUAUUUCAGUGUUUUUCGAGCAGUAAUCAACGAUGUAGUCAGUUUUUAUCGGCCCACAACUAUUGUCUUACAAUGUGGUGCUGAUUCAUUGGGUUGUGAUCGAUUAGGCGUAUUUAAUCUGUCGAUACGAGGUCAUGGACGAUGUGUUCGUAUGGUAAAAGAACUUGGUUUACCAUUAUUAGUGCUCGGUGGUGGCGGUUAUACUGUACGUAAUGUAGCCCGUUGUUGGGCGUAUGAAACAGCUGUCCUUUUGGAUCAAGAAGAGGAAAUCUCUAAUGAAUUACCCUAUUCACCGUAUAUUGAAUUCUUUUAUCCUGAUUAUACUCUACACCCAGAUUUGACAACUAAACUUGACAAUGCUAAUACACGACAGUAUAUCGAAGCGCUACGCGUAACAGUUCACGACAAUCUGAAACAGCUUGUACAUGCACCAAGUGUUCAGUUCACCGAUGUACCGAGUGAUUAUUUGGGGAAUUUUUGUGAAGAUUCAAAUGACGAGCGGGAGAAAUUGGGUGAACUUUUUGUUGAAGAAGCAACAGAAUCAACUGCGGCUUAAAACGACUGACUCUCCCGCUUGCCGAUCCACGUCUGUGGACAUAUCUUGAACAACGUGAAGCCUACAUAAUCUCGUACACCGUGACACACCGAAUUCUUGUCUAGUCUUAUGCACAGCGUUUUGUUUUUAUCUGUGCAACCAUAAAUUGUAAAUUUUUUGUCGCGCCGUAUUUGAAAUAUGGCUGAAAACCCCUCCACACAAACAUACACGCGUACAUACACACGAAACCUGGAAAGAGCAAGAUGUAAAUAGGAUUUUUAUCAGAAGCAAAUAAUUUAGCAUUAUUAUUUUAUUAAAAGUUAAAUGACAGUGAACUCUGAAAUCACGAGAAACAAGUUUUCAUUUCUUGUUACAUGCCUACUGAUUUUUGUGUUUCUCCUCUCCCUGUUCCGGGUUUUUCAAUGUAAACAAAUGCGAUAACCACCAAUCAAGUGAACAAAAGAGAGAAUUGUAUGUAAAAAAUAUUAUGACCAAGCGUGAAAUACUAUGUGAAUGAGUUCUCGUGUGAAAUUUUCUUCAGUUGUAUACUUGUUGUUAUUUUCGUCUUUCUAACUCGGAUGGGCAUAAUUGGCAUUUAUUUUAUUUCGAUUCGGUUUCCUUUUAAAAUAAUGCACCUAUGAUCACCGAUAUUUAGCAUUCCAGAGCAGUGGCGAAGGGAUGCGGAUGGACGAUAGCAUCAUUCCCGAGCUUUUUCAACCGUAAUUGGGUUACUUAAAAUAUCAGCACAUUUCCUUAGGACAAUGGCAGGUAUACCAUCAGGGCCUAGACUCUGGGAAGGUUGAAGAGAUUUUAGACAUUUAUGAACAUCAGAAGUAUUAAAACUAUGAAAGUCACUGGUUAUGAUAUUUGUUACAUUGAAGCUAAAAGGGACAUUAGUAGGGCGGAUAAAAGAUCUAUCUAUUAAGAGAAUUUACAUCAAUA